CAGCUGAUCCACAACUGUGUUGGCAAUGCUGUCAGUGCAUAGGAAAUCUCUCGUAAUAAACUUAUAAAUGGUGUGCGUGUAUUUCUCAAAAAAAAUUUGUGACCAUCCGGAAAGUGUAUAAAUAUUUAUUAAAACAAAAAUUUUAAUCGAAACAAAAACAUGUGCUAAAGUCUGAUAAAAGUAUUAAAAUAUUCCAAUUAAAAAGAAAGCUGACUCAGCACUCAGACAGAGUAUCUUUAAUACACGCAUUCAUCGAGAUUUUUAUCUUAUUUCUUAGUAGGAGGAGCGCUAAUCCAACGACAUUUCCAAAAAAGGCAAUUUAAUUCGUAAUUCACCGCUCACAAUCAUCCAAGCAUAAUACAUCACUUCUCCGUCACAUAAACAAAUAAGCGUCACCGUGGCUAAGGGAAAUCGGAAAUCGUACACCUCCAAAACCGCUGCCAUCACAAGCAAAGCCCGUAAAAUGGCAUCGACCGGCGAUAUUUGGUUACAAUGGUUUUCUUGCUGUUUCCAUCAACCACAAUCACCAUCACGGCGACGCCAUCAACGCCUGCACAUCGAUCGUUCCAUGAUCGGCAAUCCAACGAAUUUCGUACACACUGGACAUAUUGGUUCUGCCGACGUGGAACUCUCCACGAAUCAUUUAAAUGCGUUACAAACACAAAUGCAGAGCAAAGGUGGCUAUGAAAUGAACUCGAUACGAUUGCAGGCCUGCUGAUGUUAACGGAUGCUAACGAAGUUCCUUCUACACCACUACCAACACGGUAUCAUUUACCGAAUUUUCGAAUAAUAUUCAAUUGGGUACAUAGGUAUAUAUACAUGCAUAUGUAUGUACAUAUGUACGCAUUUACAUUUAUAUACGUGUAUUAUAUAAUAUUAGCCCAUUCAGGGCAUGGCAAUCAAUGGAAUCUCGCGGAUACAAUUAGCAAACACAUUUAUGAAAAAUUAAAAGUAUGCGAACAAUGAUUUACGAUAUUAAAUUCUGAUAUGUAUAUUUUUAUGAUUUGUGUAUUGUAUGUACUAUAAGACUAAAAAAAUAUUUUUAAUGAAUUUAAAAAUAUUAUAAACUACGCACUCUUAAAUUCUUAUUUGUUUUUGCAUUUGCUUUUCUCUAAAAUAUUUUGAAUUAUAACUUCAGAUAUUUAACGUGAUGCAACCACUAAACAUAGUUCAGAUUAAGAUUGGCAUAGAAAUUCUUAGUUUAAGAGUUUUUCUAAUGCAAAAUUUUUUCGAUGUUUUGCCAAACCCUAAGGUUUUAUUUCAGAGAAAAGUAAAUGCUAUCCUUUGGUGCGACGUUUGCUUAUCGUGGAAAUCGAAAACACGUGCUGACAUUUAUCUUAUAAGGAUAAUAUAAAUCACCAAACGAUUCUUUAAGAAUUCUCAGUUGAGUUUGCGUACGCAAUACUACUAGAGUUUUAGAUGUAUUGACCACGAGUACAUAUCAGCACAGUAAUUUUAAUUUUAGUUUAUGUAUGUAUAUGAGAAAAGUUUAUUGCGUAUGCAAAACCAUAAUUAUAAAUGCUUUUUAAAAGUAUUUGAGUGAGGUAUAUAUGUAACAGAUUAUGUACUUAACAUAUAUACUUACACAUACAUAUGUGCCUUUCAUUUUGUACUGAAUUUUUUUUAACAUGAAAUCUUUUAGUACUCCUUUAAAAUAUAUGCAUGUAAUAUUUUUUAUUUACAACUAUUCAAAGGCUUACACAUGACCAAAAUCGUAAUAAAUAAAUAAAAAUAAUUGUGGUUUUUUAAGAAUAUUACUCUGAUUUGUGUACUUAAAAUGGCAUUUUAUCCGUUUUUACACUUUUAUACAGAAAGUUUAAUUCAAAAAAAAAAAAAA